AUGGAUACAACUACAGCACAUAACUAACCUUAAUUUGAAACAUUUGAAUCAAAAUUGAUUACAGUUUAAGGAACUUCUUCUGUUCCCGCUGAACAUUUAUACCGUUUACGAAAAACAUUGCAUCCAUAGACUACUGCUAAUUAGUUUCACCUGAAUAAAAUCUUAAAUUCAUCAGUUAACGGUGCAAACCAUUUCUGCCACUUCUGCAGCAAACAUACAUCAACACCUACCGCAAAGUAUUGUGCUUGUUAGGACAGGUAAUAUCAUUUAUUAUGUCUAAUAACUCACAUAAAAUUAGAAUAUAAAUAAGGAAAUGGAAUUAUGUAGUGCCCUUAUUGCAAUUUAUAUUACCCCACAGUUUUAGAAACUAAGUAGAUAUUACAAUUUAAGUUAGCUUAUCAUGUCAAAACCUAACAAGAAAGCAGCAGAUCACAUAUGCAUUUGCCUUUUUUAUUUUGCUAUUAAUAAUAAUUGUUGAAGUGGCCAUUAUGA